UGAGGCUGAUACUGUGCUUUUCUGUUCCUCUGUGUUUUUCUGUUAAACACACUUUAAUCCUCAUUUACAAGCAGAGAAGAGACGAACAAGAAACAUCACAGUGUUACAUUUAUAAUCCUGUUAUUGUCCUUUUAUAGCUGAUGUGUCUGUUUACUGUGUUCACAGGAGCAUCUCCAGAGCCGUCUGUCAAGAUACUUAAUCAAACGCAGGACGUGGCCCUGCUGCAGUGUGAAGUUAGAGGUGCUUUUCCUAAACCUACAGUAGAGUGGCAGGACAGUGCUGGAAACAAACUUCCUGCUGAGGAGCCACAGGUCUCAGAAACAGGAGGCAGCUUCUACAUCACCCUCCAAACUACUGUGAUGAAGACCGACCACAUCCGCUGUGUAGCCACACAGGAGGAGAUCAAACAUCACAUUUAUGCUGAGACCUACGUGUACAUCUGUGACACGUGCAGCAAGAUGGGCGUCACAGGAUUGUUGAGUGCAUUCGUUUUAGGAGCUCUAACUGUUGCUGCAGUUCAGGCUUUGCUUGCAGCUACAAAGUUCAUCACAGCACGCUCUAAUAAAGGAGCAGCUGAAGAGAGACAGCAAAGUGAGGAGACGGACAGGAUGACGAGCAGCACGGAGCCUGAUGUGGAGUCUAACCUGUGUUCUCCAUCAGACGAAGCGGCCGGAGCCGCCACAAAUUCACCCGCUGGUUUGUGGACCACAGUUUUAAAUACUCGAGUUUGGCAAAAUGGCUGUUGCCAUCUAUUUUAUAUAAAAUAAUAAAUAAAUCAAGAUUUACCAAGACUUUUUCUGCGUUCCCCCGCCUGGUCGUCCGUGGUCGAGGCUCACAAAAGGAUUUCCCUCCCCCUCUACGAUCCAUCCACAGUUGGUGGUGAUGACAUCCUUCGCAACAACUGGCUGAACGGCCCCCAGAGCUUCUCCUCUCCCCCAUCACAUCGCCUGUCUAAUGUCAAGGAGGGCUUCUUCCAGCCCUCCUUGACAUCCAUCCCUCCAUCCUUAAGCAAAAGUUUGUUCACGUGUCAAACUUGACAGGUUUAUUGUUGAUGUAACGUUACAGUCUUAUUUACUGGGUUUGAGAGUCUGGGGAAUGUUUGACUUACAGUAGUUGAAGCUAUCAUUAGUAGCAUUUGCACAUUACAUGAUUGCGCUGUGUGAAAAACAUUUCUAUGUACACAAUGACGUAUAGAAAUUGUAAGUCACUUUGUAUAUUGCUGACUAUGUAACGUUACAGUCUUAUUUAGUUAUUACACUGGGUUUGAGAGUCUGCAGAAUGUGACGGCCUGGGGUGUUGGCCUGUUCUCUCUCCUUUCUUUCCAGGUCUUUCUUCCUGUUUGGUCACUUCAUCAGUGAUUGCAGCCACCUGUUCAAGUCUUUAAAAGCUGUGGUGAACCUAGAUGGCGCUCUCUUCCUCGUGACCUCUCUCCUGGAAGGCGGUGCCUUUCAGGAGCUCCUUUUCUUUUGGUUGUUUGUUUUGAGUAUGAUGAGUUUGCUUGUGUUUUGAGUUAAUUAUAAGUUAAGGUAACUUUGAUAAAACCUAUAUGGUUCAUUUAAACUGG